AUGGGCGCAUCGUCAAAAAAAGCUCCUACCCCGGGGAGCUUCAGUGGAACGCCGCCUUUAGGUUCUGCACAAUUCCGUUUCGCCGAAAUGAUGGAAUCGAACAAGGAUGCCAUUGUACAGAAGGCAGCUUCUCCUCUCGAUGUGUCUGAGGUGGAAAAGCACAAGUCAGAGGGCGAUUGUUGGAGCAUUUAUAAGGGCAAUGUUUACGAUAUUACUCGUUACUUGGACAUACACCCUGGAGGUCGCCAACACUUGCUGGAUUAUGCCGGUAAGGACUUAACAGAAGAAUUUUUGAGCGUGCAUCCUUGGGUAAAUGGAGAGUUCUUACUCAAGUCUUUACAUGUCGGUGAGCUCAAAACUGAUAGUGAGAACACAGCGAGUUCUCCGUCCAGGAAUACAAGUGGAACAUCAAACUAA